AGCUUACAGACCCAACUAGAAAAAAAGAACAAGUAAGGCUUCCCAUACGUGAAAUGCCAAACAAAGGACAACCAAACCAACACACAUUCUUUUCGUUAUCGUUACAGAUUUUCUAAAGAAACGUAGUUUGUUACCCUUUCCGAGCUCUUGCAUUUGUUUGAGUUGCCACAUUGUUCAAAUUACGAAACGUAUCUGUAUACAGGAAUGACCUCUCUACACUAAGGAAAAGAGAAAAACGCGAUUCGCGAAAAUCAAUCAAGGACAGUAAUGGGUAUUUUCCCAAACACGUUCUUCACCAAAGCCCGCAACAUCAUAGGCUUUGGGCUCGCUUCCACCGCUGCCGCAGCCACAAUCGCGGCCUCCAAUUCCAACGUCUCUUCUUCUUCUUCUUCGUCCUCUUCUUCUUUUACUUCAUCUUCUUCUUCUGCUUCUUCUUCUCCUUCAUCUACCGCCUCUUCCGCCUCUUCGUCCAUUGCCGGCGAUACUUCUUCCUCCUCCGAUGGCGAAAUCGUCCCCCGGAAAAUACUGAAAACGAAGCUUUGCAUCAUCGGAAGCGGGCCGGCGGCGCACACAGCCGCCAUUUACGCUGCUCGAGCGGAGCUGAAGCCGGUCCUCUUCGAAGGAUGGAUGGCGAACGGCGUCGCUCCUGGCGGCCAGCUAACCACCACCACCGACGUUGAGAACUUUCCGGGAUUUCCGGCUGGCAUCCUCGGCGCCGAGCUCAUGGACCGCUGUCGCGAGCAGUCGCAGCGCUUCGGCGCCGAGAUCGUCACGGAGACCGUGACGACAGUGGACUUCUCCGAACGGCCGCUUAGGGUUUUCGCCGACUCCACCACCGUGGAAGCUGAAUCCGUCAUCAUCGCCACAGGCGCAGUCGCUAAGCGGCUGAAUUUCGAUGGCGCGGGUGACGGACCCGACGGGUUCUGGAACCGUGGGAUAUCGGCGUGCGCCGUGUGUGACGGUGCCGCGCCGAUAUUCCGGGCCAGACCUCUGGCGGUUAUCGGUGGCGGAGAUUCUGCUAUGGAGGAAGCUAGCUUCCUCACCAAGUUUGGUUCCAAGGUGUAUGUAAUUCAUAGAAGGGACAAGUUUAAGGCUUCUAAGAUCAUGCAGGGGAAGCUGAUGAAUAAUCCCAAAGUUGAGGUGUUAUGGAAUUCAAUAGUGGUUGGGGCUUAUGGGGAUAAUAAGGGUAGGGUUCUUGGUGGGGUUAAGGUGAAGAACGUGGUGACUGGGGUUGUGUCUGAUUUGAAAGUUUCUGGUUUGUUCUUUGCAAUUGGGCAUGAGCCUGCCACGAAAUUCUUGGAUGGUCAACUUGAAUUAGACUCUGAUGGGUACAUUGUGACCAAACCUGGCACCACAAAGACUAGUGUUGAUGGGGUUUUUGCUGCUGGUGAUGUGCAGGAUAAAAAGUAUAGGCAAGCUAUUACUGCAGCUGGAACAGGGUGUAUGGCAGCGUUGGAUGCAGAACAUUUCUUGCAAGAGAUAGGUUUGCAGGAUGGUAGGAGAGUUUAACGUUGUAGCUGGAGUUCAGAAAGUGAAGGCUUUUCUUUCUCCUGAUAAGUUAACAUCUUUAUCUGUACGUAUGAUACUCAUCAAUUGAUUGCAGAGACAAGCAGACUAACAUGAUUUUCUAAGCUAUUGCGUCUCUGUUGUGACUUCAUGACAAAUAUAAUAAAAUUUAA